AACCGCAACCUUUUAAUUUCUCGUCCAAGCAGCAUCACUUUUAUUGUGAAGCCGAUCCGCCGGACGUUGUUGGCCUGUUCACGGGAACGUUCACAUUUUCCUGUGUCACUUCACUUCACCCCCCUCGCCAGCGUCCACAAGAGCCUUCUUGUCCUUCAGCGGUAAAACGCGAGCCAUGGCAGAGCCAGAACCCACACCCGAGCAGCUCGCCGCGAUCGCCGCAGCCAACGAGGAGACGGACUGCACGGUCAACUACAAAGCUCCGGCCCAGAAGAGCUUGAUGGAGAUCCAAGAGAUGGACAAAGAUGACGAAAGCCUGCGCAAGUACAAGGAGGCGUUACUGGGCAAGGUCCCGGCUUGUACAGAUCCAAGCACCCCAAACAUCCAGGUGACACGGAUGACUUUGCUUUGUGACGCGGCGCCCAACACUCUGGUACUUGACCUGCAGGGAGAUCUGGAGAGCUUCAAGAAGAACCCUUUUGUGCUGAAGGAGGGUGUGGAGUACAGAAUCAAGAUCAGCUUCAAGGUCAACAGGGAGAUCGUGUCGGGAUUGAAGUACACCCAGCAAUCGUUCAGGAAAGGCGUGAAGGUUGACAAGUCGGACUACAUGGUGGGCAGCUACGGGCCCAGACCCAACGAGGAGUACGAGUACACCACCACUGCCGAGGAGGCGCCCAAAGGCAUGCUGGCUCGCGGGACCUACAACAUCAAGUCCAAGUUCACCGACGACGACAAACACGACCAUCUGUCCUGGGAGUGGAGCCUCACCAUCAAGAAGGACUGGAAAGACUGACCUUCCCUCGUCGACGCCGCCGCCGCCGCCGCCAUUUCCUCCGCUUUCUUUCCUCCUCGGUCAUUCCAUUUUUUUUAAAUCUAUUUCUGACCAUCCUUUUCCGUCCAAGGACGCCCCCGCACUUCCACGUUCCUGUUUUCUUGAAAGUAUUAAAUCCUGGAAGUAGAAUAAGAUACACAAUGGAAAUGUGUCGUGGUAAUUUAGUUCGGUAAGAUUAGCCCAAAAUGUUUCUCCGCUUUUUGUCCCUUUUCCUACGCUAACGUUUUUCUCAUCACCGCGUCUGCCUUGGAGUACCGUACAGUACAGUACAGUACAGCCGUCCCUCACGCGUCCAAUUCCGCAGCGUCGCCAACUAAAAUAUUCAUACGGUUAACACAGCUAACUAUUAGCAUUCAGCUAAUGUUCCACCUCAGCAUAAAAAUGAUUCCAUGAAGUAAAACUCCAGGCAUGUACAAGACCCAAAUACUACGUAGUAAUGUACAGUGGUCACUAGGUGUCAGUAAUGUUACUUCCCGUGGGAUGAUACCGGAAGAAAAGCAGCUUUCCCGAUGCUAACGAGUCUUAUUUCCAUUUCUCCUAGGAAGUGUAAAAGGUGCCACUUGCUGUACGUCUUUCUGUGCUCGCGCGUCUAAAUCCUCCGAGCAGACGACUCGGAAUGCUGGCCACCUUUCCCAAAUCAUUCCCAAGUCUGCAUGCAGGAUGUUUUUGGCAGCUGCCACGUGGCCUUCCUCAUCGGGUCUGGGCACCUUUUAAAUCCUGGCCUCUCUGACGGUGCCUCCGGUUUGUAAACACCCCCGAAGUACGGAACGUGUUUUCUUACCGCGACCGCUUUAUUCCCAUGUUUUUGUACGCGCGUCGGGGUCAUGAACGCAUCGUUUGCUCCGUGCUCCUCUCUUGGUAUUAAAGUGUUGAAGUUGG